AUGACAUCUGAACAUAAAGUAUCAAGAAACAAACCUUCCUUGUCUUGUACAAACUGUCGGAAACGUAAGACCAAAUGUGAUAGAAAACAACCAUGCUCCGCUUGUGUAAAGAAAAUUAAUUUAUCUUACACUUGUGCUUAUGACACUCCACCAAAACAAUUUGCAAUUAAUUCUGAUACUCCCCCAACGGAAUAUCCAGCACGCAAGCGUCACAAACCUGAAACCAUUGAUGAUGCUGAGAACCCAGUUCAACAAGAAUUGGCUAGAUUGCGGAAACGGAUUAUUGAGUUGGAAACUUCAUUACAGCAUGCCCACACACCAAAAACACCUCCGGAAAACAAAAACUAUCCGAGAAACAAACCCAUAUUAUCACCAACAAGCUCUACUUGUCCUAAUCCUAUUGUGAAUGACGAAGAGAUUAUCAACUUUUACGAAGGCUAUACCCCAAUUCAAGUUAAACGUAAUAUUAGAAGAGUCAAUUAUGGGCCAUUGUCAUGGAUUGCCUUGAUGAGAAAAGAUCCAGCAUUAAACUUGGCUUGGAAAGUGUUAUGUAGCAAGGAUUCCUAUUGUAUAAUUACCAAUCGAUGGCCCCGUUUGACUUCAGAAAACAAUGCCUUAAUCAAUAUUUCCCACAACCCCGAGGAUGAGAAGAAUUCCAACUACAUGGACAAAAUAUUUCAGAAAAGAGUGUUAGAAUUUGAAGGUUAUGACGAGUUUGUUCCUUAUAGAUCUCUUUAUGGUCGAAAGGAGUCAGAUACCACCAACACAGAACAACCUACAACAUCCGACAAAUCCACAUCAAAACCUUCCUCAACAACAACUACUAAUCCUGGACCACGGUUAAAUUUCACUCAAAUCAGUCUUGCUAAAUCUAUAUUUGAUGGUCGUAUAAACCCCGAGCUACAUUUGAUUGAGAAAAUUAAACAAAUCGUACCUAAAAGAAAAGUUUUUUGGACAUUAAUGGAUCGAUUUUUCACAGAUAUAUACCCUUAUUUCCCAUUUGUGGAUGAAGAAUCAUUCAAAAAAGAGCUUCUGAGAAUAUUUGGUACGAGAACUUACACUGAUUUACCCUUUGAAAGUAUUAGGAUCGAGAAAAAGUUAGAUUUGGCCAAUAUAGCAAUUUGUUUUAUUUUGCUACGGUUAACAUAUUUGUCAUUUUUCAAUAACCGUAAUUGUGUCAAUGAAUUUAUUAUGAAUUCUGAAGAAGAAACUGUGGCAAAAUACAUUAUGCAAAAUCCUAUCAAUUUAUCUACUAUAGAAGUGGCAAAUUCAUGUAUUCAAUGUUUCCAAUUCACAAGAAAAUCCAAUAUAACUGUUUUCCAAGCAAUGUUGUAUAUGAGAAUCUAUCGAAAUUGUGCACCUGAAGAAAGCGAUGGAAUUGAUGGUGGUGACUCUCAGGUUGCUACUGCACUACUAGUGCAAAUGGCGUAUUCAUUAGGACUUAAUCGUGAACCAGAUAAAUUUGAUGUCUGCAACGAUGAAAAAGUUAACCAUUUAGGACGGAAAAUGUGGAGUUUUUUAAUGAGAUCAGAUUUAACUCAAUGCUACACUUUGGGUAAUCCAACAAGUAUAGAUCCGAGAAAUUAUGAUGUUAGACCUCCAUUUGUAAAUGACAAUAACUCAAAUAUUGAAGAUAGAGAAAUGGAAAUUGCUAUUGUUGAAACAUUUGUCUAUUUGAAUUCAGAGUUGGAUCUAAUGCGUAAAAUGCUAGAUCACGUGCUAGAUAUCAAUAAUGGUGCCAAAAUUAAUGAUUUGACUAGAGAUGUACAUGACUUUGAAGUGAUUUUGCAUGAUUUCUUCAAUGUUUUAGGAAACGUUAAUGCCGGUAAAGUGAAAACUGAUAGAGAAAGCGUGAUUCAAUAUUACCAUGUUAUUAAAUUGAAGAUUUUUUUGUCGAUGAAAACAGCAUUGGUUUCACUUUAUUUCCACAUUUAUUUGCAUUAUGAGAAGAGAUUUGAUAGCGAAUUGUCAUUUUUCUAUUUGUCAAAAAUGUACCUAAUAAUAAGAGAUGAUUUGAUACCUGCUAUUGGUCACACAUUGAUAGGUAAAUACAGUUCCAAGGCUUUAGUUUUGAAUCCUAACAUGCAAUUGGCUUUACACAAAAUCAAUCAAAUUAACUUGUCGUGUUUAAUUCGUGUUAGUUAUUUAGUGCACAUGUUUGAGCAAAAACCAAAUCAUGAAGAACUGAUGGCAAAUGAUAUAGUGUAUCUGGAACAUUUCAAUAAACUCAAGAGCUUGAUGACAAAUGUUAGACGUACUGGUGACUUUGUUAGGGUUAUUAUGGAACGAAUUGGAUCUAGAUAUUACUAUUCAUGGCGUAUAGCGAAAGCUCACGUUGGAUUAUUCAAAAUGUUAUCACAACCUGAAAAUUACGAUAAGCAAUUGUCUGGGAUAAGGAAAUUAAAGUCUUUCCAAUUCACUCCAAAGCAAUUGGAUGAACUAGACAAUCUGAUCCGUAUUUUAGGGAAAUGUGCUGAGAAGUUAGUCUUUUAUGAAGAUAGUGUUGGUAUGCUGCCCGAUUUUGAAAUGCCAUUCAAACCCUCUGAAGGUGAUGGAAAUGAAAAAGAUCAAAAUCAAAAUGACAGCAAAACCACCACCACUACUACUACUACUACUACUUCCGAUUCAACAGGUAUAUCAAUAACACCCGAGAAUAAUGCAUCGGCAAUAGUGACACCUUAUUCAUCACUUGCAUCCCCUCGACUCCACUUGGACAAUAUUAGCAAUGAUUACGUUGAUCAAAUGUGGUUUCUGAUGAUGGCAAUGAAAUAUGAUACUCUAGAGCCAAUGGGAAAUAAUCCCGAUUGCCAAAACUGUAAUAGUGACGAUCCCAAUGCUUGUCCUGUCUCGUAUAAUACUCGUGACAAUGGAGUCUUAGGUGGUACUGGUGGUCAACUACUUACACAACAAAAACAAAUGACGGCACAGGAACAAUUAGCGCAACAAGAGAUAACACGUCAAAUGCAAUUUGGUAACGAGAAUGGAUACAACAAUGGAUUCUUUCUUAAUUCUGGAUUUGACCUUAUGGAUGAUGGAUAUUUUUAUGGAUAG